CCCUCCCACCCUUUUUUCCAGCAGUGCCCCUGCCCCGCUGUCGCUCGAUGUGGAGGUCUUUUGUGACAUUGGCCUCGCCCCUGGGGCCAGCGAGCCGCCCUCUCAGCCGCUCGGCAUCAGCUGCCCUGUGUGCUGCGCUCCAUCGGAGUCCAUCUUGGCCGGCCGUCACGCGUUCCUCGAUGCCGGCUAUGGGGGCUUCUGGGCGAGCCUUUUCGACUGACGCCGGGCCUCGGCGGCUCCCCACCUUCGACCUGGCACGCGGAACGCGCGACUUCUCUCCGGCUGCCACGGCCCAGCUUCGGUGGCUGGCCGGCCAGGCCGCCCGCAUUGCCGAAGAACACGGAUACCAAGAGAUCACUGUGCCCAUCCUGCAGUCUGCUGCCUUGCAUCACCGAUCUCUCGGUCAGGACUCGGACAUCGUGUCGAAGGAACUUUUCUUGGUCCAAUCAGCCUCGGCCCUGAACGCCUCCGUGCCCGACCGGCCAGAGACGCCGGCCAUUGAGGAUGCGAUUGUCCUUCGGCCCGAGGGCACUGCCGGCGUCAUGAGGGCCUUUCUCGACCCGGCGAGCAGCCUCCCCGGCCCGCUGACUCUGUCUCGCCUGUACUACAAUGGGCCAAUGUUCCGCUAUGAACGCCCGCAAUUUGGCCGCUUCCGCGAGGUACCCUGCGCAUGGCCGAUCUGUCGAUCCUCGCGCAAGCCCCAACAGCUAACCAUCCCCCUUCCUCGCCGCCGCGCAGUUCCGACAGUUUGGUGUCGAGAUGAUCGGCGGAUCGGCCACCUCCCCGGCCUUUGACAUCGAGUCCAUCCACAUGGCCUGGAGACUCAUUUGCGCGUACGGCCUUGGCGAAGUGUGCGCGGUGCAUCUGAACUCGCUGGGCGAUGCCGAUGCUCGGUCGCGCUUCCGCCAGGCCCUCCAUGCCUUCCUGUCGAAGCAUGUGGAGCACCUCUCGGCCGAAAGCCGCCGGCGCGUGGAUGCCGGCCCGGCGGCCGUCAUUCGGGUCCUGGACUCCAAACGCCCGGAGGACCAGCAUGUGGUCACGGCACCCGGUGCCCCGAAGCUGGAGGACUUCCUCUCCCCGGCGGCGCGCAACCACCUGCAGGUGGUGGCCGACUCGCUGCGCGCGGCCGGCGUACCGGUGCUCAUCAAUCACCAGCUGGUCCGUGGGCUGGACUAUUACAAUGAUUUGGUCUUUGAGAUCAUCCCCCACUGUGGCCCGACGCAAGUGGGCGCCGGCGGAGGGGCCACUGUCCCGGGGUCUGGGUCGGCUCCCGAUGCCCCGGCCCACUCGACCUUGCUGGCGGGUGGCCGGUACGACAUGCUGGCUGGGCAGCUGGGCUUCGCCGGGGUUCCGGGAGGCGCGAAGCCGGCCCCCGGCGAGGUGGCCCCACUGCCGGCCUUCGGCUGGGCUCUCGGGGUGGACCGGGUCGCGGCGUAUGUCCACCGUCCCCCGGCGACCGUGCCAUCGCCAUCGACGCUGGAGGACCUGCGCUUCAUGGUGAUCUGCGCCGGGACCAACGUCCACCGGCACCAGGCCGGGCCGUCUGAUGCAGACCCGGCGCUGGAACGCCUGUCGCCGGCCGAAUACCACGACCAGGUGUCGCUACACUCGGCCGAGGCUCUGCGUGCCCGGGGGGCCGAAGCUGUGGUCCCGGUGUCGGCGUGCAGCUCGGCCAAGUCCCUCCGGCGUCAGCUUGGGGCGAUCUAUGACCGGCUGGCGUGUCGCGCGCCCGAGUCCCCCGGCGCCGCCCAGGCCGACGGCCCGGUGGUGGAUCUGGCUGCCUUCGCGCAUGUCGAAUACCCGGCCGCCAGUCACAUUCUCUUUGUCUUCUCGGUGGAUCCGCUGGCGGCCGAGCGCCUGCCAACUCCCGAGGGGACUUUGGUCCAUCAGUUCAAGUGGAUCGCGCGCCAUGUAGGCAGCGAGCUGGAACGCGAUGUGGACAUCUUCGUGCCGGAGGGCGGGCCCCGGUCGGCGCGAGAUGCGGCCCGGGUAUGGGCCUGCGAGGCGGAGCUCCGCCGUGUGAUGACCGUCACCCCGGAUGAGACCCAUGUCGCUGGGGGGCCGUCCGCGCCCGAGCCGGUGUUCGUUCCCCUCGCCUCGGGCUUUACGGCCCGGCUGUCGCCCUGGUUCGACUCGCGGACCAAGCGCUAAAUAUUGCCUCGGCCAAGGGGCGCGGAGAGAGGUAAGGCCAAAGGAUAUCCGAUGUGUGCCUGUGCCCAUGCCUUUGUCACUUUCUUGAUCCACAUGAUGCGCACAAGUGCGGUACAGCGAAGAAGAAAAAUAGAGCGCCUAUCGGCACCCACGACCA